AUGACAUCGCCAGUGGGAAAGCGCCUCCUUCCUCGCCUGGUGGACGAAGCUGCACACUCAUCGCCAGACAGACUCUUUGGAAUCAUCCCCAAAGGACCAGCAGUAUCAGAUGGAUUCCGCAAUGUAACCUUCAAUGAUCUGGCCCAUGCGGUGGACGCCCUGGCAUGGUGGAUUGACGAGCAUGUGGGUAAGGCUGAGCAGGGAAAAGAAACCAUUGCAUACAUGGGAGCCAACGACAUUCGCUACUACAUCUUUGUCCUCUCCUGCUCGAAGACAGGUCAUACGCCUUUCCUUCCAUCAACUCGUCUAUCAGAUGAAGCCUAUCAGCAUGUCCUCAAUGCAACGGAUUGCGGCACAAUGCUGUUCACACAUGAAACUCAGCGCCGAACCAUGGAGAUUGAAGCAUUCCGUCCGGAGUCAGUCUACCUUGAAGCUCCGCCAACGACAGACCUGUUGAGCUCGACCUCCAAAAACUACCCAUUCACUGCGCCAUACUCCGCAAUGGAAGAUAAAGUGGCAUUUAUUAUCCACAGCUCCGGCACGACGGGCAUGCCAAAGCCAGUGCCCCUCACACACGGCUUUCUAGCGGCCUGGGAUCACGCGCCGCAUAUUAUACCGGCGGGACGGAAGCACGCUCUGUACAAUGGCUAUGCUAUUGAUUCAGGGGCACUGUUACUCUCCCUCACGCCCAAUUUUCAUCUAAUGGGCUUCAUUGGACCAUUCGCAUCUAUCUUCCACGGAAUACCUUAUGUUGCGGCCCCUGAUGGCCCUCUUUCUGUCCAGAUGCUGUCCGAUACCGUCCGAGCUACGAAGCCGAAUAUUGCAAUGGUCCCACCAUCAAUACUGGAGGACAUGAGUCAUUCUGAGGCCGGGCUGGACGCUCUGAGAUCUGUGGAAUUCGUCUGCCUGGGUGGUGCGCCGCUGGGAACAGAAACUGGCGACCGGAUCCGAAAGUACACGACACUUCGCACGGUCAUCGGCUCCAGCGAGAUAGGAAUGAUUAGUUCUCUUGCUCCCGAGAACGAAGAGGACUGGAAUUAUUUCGAAUGGAGCCCAGCAUACGGAAUCGAGAUGCAACACGUAAGCGACGACCUGCACGAACUAGUUAUCCGCCGAGGUGAGAAUACAAAGGCCUUCCAGGGCAUCUUUCACACCUUCCCCGACCUUACUGAAUACCACACGAAGGAUCUGUUUGUCCAACACCCCAAAAAUCCAAAUUGCUGGGCAUAUCGUGGCCGACUUGACGACGUGAUCGUCCUCAGCAACGGCGAGAAGCUCAACCCGGUUACGCUGGAGAAGAUGGUGGAGGGGCAUCCGUCUGUGGCGAGGGCAGUGCUUGUUGGCGAAAAGAGAUUUCAAUCCGCGUUGCUUAUAGAGCCAAACUGGUGCGAGGCCAAUGUAAAUGACGAAAAAGGAUACAUUGACAACGUUUGGCCGACUAUUCAACGCGCAAAUGAGACAGUGCCCAGAUAUGGCCGCGUCAUGCGCAGCCAUAUCAGGCUUGCUUCCCCAGAUAAACCAUUCAAGCUAACUCCAAAGGGUACGACCCAGCGCCGACUUGUCAACAACGACUAUGCGGAGGAGAUUGACGCCAUCUACGCCACUGCAGCAGAGGAUGAUACCGAGAGUCUCCCGUCUACCCUUGACCUACCUAACCUCACGCAAUGGGUCCGCGUCAAGAUCGCAACUCUACUCGAUAGACCAGGGAUCACAGACGAAGAGGACUUCUUUUCCGCGGGCUUGGAUUCAUUGCAGACCGUGCAGCUUGCCAAAGCCCUGAGUAUGGCACUGUCUACCAGCAUCACGCAGCAGCAGGUCUAUGCCCACCCCAGUAUCGCCCAGCUAGCGGCGUCCUUACUCAGUAUCCUAGACGGCACCAGCAAUGAUGUGACUGCCAUAUCACGAACGGAGCGAAUCACCAAUAUGAUCACCAAGUACACGCACGACCUCCCUCAACCACAGAUCAAAAACCAAACUCCUCCAGGAACACAGACGGUCAUCCUCACCGGUUCGACCGGCUCGCUAGGGACAUACCUCCUCAAUGCCCUCUUACAGGACAGCACCAUCUCCAAGAUAUACUGCCUGAACCGCUCCGGCACAGCGCAAGCCAAGCAAACCACCUCCUUCAUCGAGAAAGCCCUCGAGAGCACGCCUCUGACGGACUCGAACAGGGUCGAAUUCCUGACAGCCUCCCUCGGCGAACGGAAUCUUGGCCUAGACGAGAGUAAAUACAACGCCCUCCUCGAAAGCGUAACCCUCAUCAUCCAUAACGGCUGGACGGUAAAUUUCAACCACCCAGUCGAGUCCUUCGAGAGCCAAAUCCGCGGCGUGCGACACUUCAUCGAUUUCAGCAUCACCAGCCGCCACGCAGCGCAUAUCGCAUUCGUGUCAUCCGUCAGCACAAUUGGAAACUGGAAGCCCACAGGCACGGAAACAUCUGUUCCCGAAAACGCCAUGGAAACACCUGAUGUCGUCCUGGAACAGGGCUACGGCGAGUCCAAGCACGUAGGCGAGCGGAUUUGCCUCGAGGCAUCGAGACGGGCUGGUGUUCCAACGAGCAUUUUGCGCGUUGGGCAGAUUGCUGGCCCGACGACGACGGCGGGUCUCUGGAACCCGAGUGAGUGGGUGCCUAUCCUGCUGAAGACGAGCAAAGGCUUGGGUGCGGUGCCGGAUUCGUUGGGGGGUAUGAAUGUUGACUGGAUCCCUGUUGACACACUAGCAACAAUCAUCCUCGAGAUCCUCACGACCCGCCUACAAGCCACCCAAUCCGAACCAAAAGCAGACGCAGACGCAACAUUCUUUCACCUGACAAACCCCACAAAGACACCCUGGUCCUCCCUCCUGCCCUCCAUUCAAGCAUCCUUGUCGGCAUCCAGUCAAGUCCCAGUGACACCAACCCCGCUCGCCAUCUGGCUGAAUGAGCUCGAGAAGAUCAAGAACCCAACCGACGAUGACAUCGCGGACAAGCCUGCCCUCAAGCUCCUUCCAUUCUUCCGGGGCCUGACUUCUGGGGAGACGCUGACGGCAGAAAUCAGUACGGACAAGGCGCAGGCGGCGAGUGGGACUAUGGCAGCGCUGAAAGGGGUUGAUGGGGGCUUGAUAAAGAAUUGGAUUCGGCAGUGGGGGUUCUAG